AUGCCUAAGAUUGAAAAGGGCCCGGCGCACCGCCUUUCCGUGUCGACCGCAUCGGCCGCAGGCGGAACUCGCAGUUCCUCUUGGUCCGCUAGAGAUGAUGAGACGCUCAUUCAGGCCAGGGCUCAAGGUCUCAACUGGAACCAGAUUGGACCGAAGCACUUCCCUUCCAAGACGCCAAAUGCCUGUCGCAAACGGCACGAACGGUUGAUGGAGAGGCAAAAUGCGGAGCAGUGGGACGGCGUGAAGCUGGACGUACUAGCGCAAGCCUAUAUGGAAGUUCGAAGGGACAUGUGGAGCAUGUUAGCUGCCCGAGUUGGAGAGAAAUGGCAACUGGUAGAGACAAAGUGCAUGGAGAAGGGUCUCAAGAACCUCACUCAGGCCUUUAGGUCGGCACAAAAGAAGCUCGAGAAUGGUACCUACCACGACCAUGAAGAUAGUGGCGUAGGCAUUUCUGACCUGGAAGAAGAACAAGAGGAUCCCCAUGUGGAAAUGCAUAGCAUGUCUACGAUUCCCGAAAAUCAUUACUCCGCAUACCCAAGCUACCCGUUACAUCAACACCAACAUCAGCAACGGGUACCGAGCAUCCAGUCUAUGCUGCAGCCAAUGCCACAACACCAACAUCACAUGCAACAGCCGAUGCAACAACAAAUGCAACAGCAAAUGCAACCACCGAUGCAGCAGACUAUGCAGCAGCCCAUGCAAUACGCUUCGCAUCACCUCCCACAUCAGCAAUAA